AUGGCUUCUACUACAAUCUUCCAGCAUCCUCUCAUCGGAGAUAUCAAGGCAAGCUCCACGGAAGAUGUGAUCCAAUUCUUAGGUAUCAAGUAUGCGAGCCUCAAUCACUGGUUUGACAACGCAAAGCUUGUGGAGUACGACGGAAAAGGCCUAAGUGCAAUUCGCCAUGGGUGGGUGAGCCAGCAGCCUGAUGGGAUGAGGCCACCGGAGCUAACUGAGAACAUCAGGCCGCAAGUGAUAUCUGAUCCCGAGGGCGUUCAUAAAGAACACUUCAUCAUUCAGAAGACCCUCCCAGUCAGUGGCCAUCCAGGCAUCUCUGGGACAGAAUGCCUCAACUUGAAUAUUGCUGCACCCACAAACUCUUCCAAGGGCCAGUCGCUUCCGGUGAUCGUUUUCAUCCACGGUGGUGCUUUUAUCACAGGGUCAAACUGGUGGCCGCAGUACGACUUGAAGCGGAUCGUUCAGCUUUCCAUCAAGCAAGGCCAACCUCUGAUCGCAGUCAGUAUCAACUACCGUCUGGGAGCUCCGGGAUUCUUGACUUCAGACGAACUUCGAAAGGAGGGUUUCAAGAUCAAUCAAGGUCAUCAUGACCAAAGAGUUGCUCUUCAAUACGUCAAGAGGUACAUCUCCGGCUUUGGCGGUGAUCCUCACAAGAUUACAGUGAUUGGUGAGAGCGCCGGCGGAAUUUCAACUAGUCGUUUGCUUUACUCGAAUGAUGAUGCACCGUCUCAGUUGGCUGUGCUAAGCGGUGCACCCCCGUCGCUCCCUCCCAUGGAUCUCUCAGCCGCCGAGGAAGCUUAUCGUGGAGCACUCAAAUCCCUCGGCGCCGAAGACCUUACUCCGAGCCAGCGAGUUGAGGCUCUGAGCAGACUUUCACCUGAAGAGCUUCUUGAGAAACUCGACAAGAGUCUUCAAUUUUUGCCCGUGCUGGAUGCAGCUACUGUACCUUUCGUGCCGACUUUCAAGGCAGUAGAAACAAAAACCUCCAUCCCCGACAACACCCCUUGCAAGGCCAUCUUUGUUGGCUAUCUUCCUGAUGAUGCGAGCAUCUUCGGCCUCGCCGGACUAAUCCAGCGGAAGCCUGGUAUUGGUGCUUCGUUCCAGAAGUCAAUUGAGUCAUCCUUCUCGGAUCACCCCGACAAAGCUACUAGAUUGCUGAAAGCCUAUGGAAUUAGCGAAGAUACCAACGAUGAAGAUGGCUUCAAAGGUGUCAUAAGGUUCGCAUCAGACAUUGGCUUCCAGGCACCGGCCCGUUCGUGGGCUGCCAGCUUUCCUGGCGACUCGUACCUCUUUGAGCUGGCCGAGGCAAACCCUUGGGAAGGUCCUUUCAAAGGCUAUGCCACCCAUGUGCUAGAUGUUGCACUCCUGUUCCAGAACUAUAGAGAGCAUCUGGACGCGAAGCAACAAGCCUCUGCAGAAGCUUUUGCUGCAGACAUCAUCACUUUUGCGCACGGCAAAGCGCCGUGGAAGAAGUAUCAAGAUGGAGGCGGCCUGGGCGUAUAUCGAAACGGCGUUAGAACUUACGAAGAAGGCCCUGGAGUUAUCUCGGAACAGUAUCAAGUGCUAAUGGAGGUGAGCCAAACCGUCGGUUUGGAUUUCGUGUUGGGCGCUUGGACGAAGUUUUUUUUAUUCUCUUAA